UACCCGCAAAAAGUAAUUAAAAAAUUGGACCAUUGCGCGAUCUAUACAAAGACGGCUGAAACUGCAAAAACGACUAACCGACCGAUUUAUCGAAACUAGGUUAGGCGUCAUCUAUUAAAAAACAGCGGAAACUAGUUGCCGGCUUAUCGAUUGAUCUACUUACCUCUCGUGCUUUCCCUCCGCAAUACUUACUACUUUUUACGUGAUAUAAGGCGUCGUGUUGGUGUGGCCAUUUUCGCCCUACAUACGCAUUUAUUAUAUCUCUGACAACGGUGCUUUACAAUAAGAAAAAAAGUUUCGAUUAAAUGUGGUGUUGCAUCGUGAAAGAGUCGAAGCAUUUGUCGUCAGUUGUUAAUAUUCUGUGCACGAUAAAUAUGGUGACUGUGAUACGAUUUACAUUCGAUUGUUGUGGUUGAUUCAUAACUAUAUAUAACCUUAUGAUGAAAAGACUCGUAAGUCUUGUGAUACUUUUUUGUUUUUACGAUGGAAACGUCACCGGUUUCCGUUGUUUUUCAGAUCACUGUAAACACCUGACCAAUAUUACUACGACGGUUGGAGCACAAUGCUUAUUGACGGUAGUUGAAAAGGGUGAAGAUUGUACCAAAAUCAGGAUCGCCGACGUGAAUCGCAAACCUCCGGAAAAUGCAACGGCAAAAUUUACUUUACGCGCGUACGUGUACAAGGAAGACGACAAGAAAGUAACAGCAUUUAAUUUAAGCAUUACCGACAUAGAUUUCAAUGGUUUGUUUACGCGUUAUCAAAAUUUAAUGGAUGAAAAUCAGUCAGCCUGUAGACACGUACAGCUUUACAAGAAUAAAUCUGACCCUGCUCCGAGGGAAUUAUACGUGUCUUGUCCGUUUGCUGAUAUAGUAUACGAAACUCUUCCUUAUCAGUUAGAAUAUGUUGUUAAUAGAAAUGGGUACAAAUAUAGCAAACAAUACAUUUUCACAGUACCUAGGCAUAAAUAUAUUGAAGAAAACGUAAGCAUAAAGGAAUACGUGCCGUUUGUCUAUAUCGAUAAGACCCAUGAACCGUAUUUUUUGUUGCACGUUCAGCCUUUACCGGAAACGUAUAAUGUAAGCCAAUACAGAAUUUGGUGGAUAAACAAUGACACCAAUUCCGUGUUGUACGCGGGUCUGUUAUCCGCGUCGGACAACGAGGAUAUUACGUAUAAUUUUACCGGUCUUGCUGGUGCAUUUUAUUUCAAAGUUUCUCCCGUACAUUCGGACUGUGGGGAAUAUGGAUGCGCAAACAAUACUACACCCUGCAUCGUUAAACGAAAAACAUCUCAUCGUCUUAUAAUUAUGAUUAUCAGUACGGUGUGGAUACCACCGGUGAUACUGUACGUGCUGUAUCAUCUUUACAAAUUGUAUCAAAAGGUAGCAUUGAAAAGAAGAGAGAAACCAAAGUGUUUAUUGGUAUAUUUACCGAGCCGUCAAUCGCAUAAUAACGUGAUGAUCGAAUUGGCUAAAUAUUUGAGAUAUUGCCAUAUUAACGCUAUGAUAGAUGAACCAGAUUUUACGGAUACUUCAGGAAAAGAUUCAAAAGAAUGGUGUAACGCUGCUUUCCAAAGUGCAAACGUCGUUCUUAUCGUAACGUCUCCGCCAAUUAAGAAACCUGCAGUGUCGACCAUUUGUCAGAACACCGACAGUUAUCUCCUGAGAUUGAUCAAAGAAAAUAUUGGUGAAAAAGGCAAGAGGUAUUAUGUCGUAGACUUACCGUAUUGCAAAUUCGACGAUGUACCCGAGGAAACGAGGCACCUGAAGAGAUUCCGUUUACCGAAGGAGUUACCGAGACUUGUCAAACUUAUUCACGGAAUGGAACGUGUUUUUGGAUGCUUUCCUUCCGUCUGCGACAAAGACUUUUUAGACAGCGUAAAAUUAGCGAAACUAGAAAUACUGAACGAAGAUGAGAGUAUGUCGAAAGAAAAGCCAGAAAUUGAGAAUCAUCCGGUUGAUACACCACUGCUGCCAGAUACUCAGUGGGUGACGAAUAUCGGAGAAUUGAAUUUACUCGGAGAGAGUGGAGAGGAUGAACGCGUGUUCCUUUAUAGAUCCUCGACGAAUCAUGACAACGCAUUUCAUAUAAAUCAAUUGGAUUUGUAACUGCUUCAAGUACCUUGCUUUAGUAACGUGUUCGUGAGUAAAUUUUUUAAGACCUUAAAAUAUUUAUAGCUAUACUGAUUUACUUUAAUAAAUACCGAUGUUUUUUUAUUA